AUGGAGUACCAUGCUCUUGUUUCGAGACAGGAAGGGGGACCGCCGAUGAUGCCACCUCGGUCACCAGAGUACAUGGCUGAGAACCAGGCUGGACGCUUGCUGGCGGUGGAAGGUUCGUUAUUCGCAUUAUCGACGACCACUGUACUGCUGCGAUUCUAUGUGCGAAUCUUCAUGCUGAAGACGUUUGGUUGGGAUGAUAUUAUGAUGGCGAUCGCAUUGGCUCUGAGUUCCACCACUCUAGGACUGUUCUUGAAGGUUAUUGACCUGGGACUUGGAAAACAUGCGGAAGCCUUCCCACUGGACAACAUAUUCCCAUUCUUUAAGGUCAUGUACUUCUACUCAAUCUUUAUCAUCGCCGCAUACAGCUUCAUCAAGCUUUCUAUCGGCUUCUUCUUGUUACGACUCGCGGACCGUACCAAGUGGCGGCCGUUUCUUAUCGGCAUGCUGGUCUUCAUCGGUGCUUUUACUAUCGGUUCAACUUUCGCUAUCAUCUUCCAGUGCAUCCCGGUGCGAGCGGGAUGGGACUACACCCUGCGUCCACCGAUUGGAACUGCGAAAUGCUACGAUGCUGGAAUCUUCAAAAACGUCGGUGUCUUCAACUCGUCAAUCAACAUUGCAACGGAUCUGCUCUUCGCCCUAAUCCCCAUCCCCAUGGUAUGGAGACUCCAGGUAACGAUACAAACGCGCAUAGGCUUGGCAGUCAUCUUAAGUCUGGGUCUUUUCGCCUCUGCAGUAGCCAUCUACAAGACACCAAUGCAGUAUAACUUCUUCAAGAUCACGGAUUGGUCCGGCGAUGGAUCAUGGUACUACAUCUGGCAACAAGUCGAGAUGCACGUGGGAAUUAUCGCCGCCUGCCUCCCUACCAUGAAACCCCUCUUCGCAAACUUCUUCGGUCAAAUGCGUUCCCUCGCUUCAAAAGGUCGCACCACUGGUUCCAACGGCCUCAACAGUACGCCGUUCCGUUCGAACGGGUACAUGAAGCACAACGACAUGCGCCCUGGUAAUUCUUUCGCCAUGAAGAACUUGAGCGAAAACUCCACAUCGACUGGCCGUGACCCGUAUACCGAGGAAGCUGUGCUGGGUAAGGAUACAUAUCAUGCUGAGGCGGGACCGGGAAGGGGAAUGAGCAGACCAAAAAGCCAGGCAGGAGAGAGCGAUGAGAGUAUUCUGGAUCAUGACGUGGUUACGGGACAAAGGAGGAGUGUGCUUCCUGUGGGUAUGACGAUUGUAAGGACGACUGAGGUGAACAUCACGAGAUAG